UGGGGCAAGACGAAAGACGUUAGAAAACACCACCCACUCAGCCUCCCAGCAGUGAAGCCGUUCUUCAGCGUUGGGAUCCAGGUGUCAUCUUAUGUCUUUAUAAUAUCAAGAUGUCGCUUUCUAAAAAGUUGACUUUGGACAAACUGGAUGUUAAAGGAAAGCGAGUCAUCAUGAGAGUAGAUUUCAACGUUCCCAUGAAAAAGAACGAGAUCACAAACAACCAAAGAAUCAAAGCUUCCAUCCCAAGCAUCAAGCACUGCCUGGAUAAUGGAGCCAAGUCAGUAGUCCUUAUGAGUCAUCUAGGCCGGCCUGAUGGUGUUCCCAUGCCUGACAAAUACUCCUUAGAGCCUGUUGCUGCUGAGCUCAAAUCCUUGCUGGGCAAGGAUGUUCUAUUCCUGAAGGAUUGUGUAGGCCCAGAAGUGGAGAAAGCCUGUGCCGACCCAGCUACUGGUUCAGUCAUCCUGCUGGAGAACCUGCGCUUUCAUGUGGAGGAAGAAGGGAAGGGCCAAGAUCCUUCUGGAAAGAAGCUUAAAGCUGAACCAGAUCAAAUAGAAGCCUUCCGAGCAUCACUCUCCAAACUAGGGGACGUUUAUGUCAAUGAUGCUUUUGGCACUGCACACCGAGCUCACAGUUCCAUGGUGGGAGUGAAUCUACCCCAGAAGGCAUCCGGAUUCCUGAUGAAGAAGGAGCUGGAAUACUUUGCCAGAGCCUUGGAAAACCCAGAGAGACCCUUUCUGGCUAUACUUGGUGGAGCCAAAGUGGCAGACAAGAUCCAACUCAUCACAAAUAUGCUGGACAAGGUCAACGAAAUGAUUAUUGGUGGUGGAAUGGCUUUUACCUUCCUUAAGGUACUCAACAACAUGGGGAUUGGUGCUUCCCUGUUUGAUGAAGAGGGAGCUAAGAUCGUCAAAGAUAUUAUGGCCAAAGCAAAGAACAAUGGUGUAAAUAUUACUUUUCCUGUUGACUUUGUCACUGCUGACAAGUUUGAUCAGAAUGCUCAGGUUGGACAAGCCACUGUAGAAUCUGGCAUACCUCCUGGCUGGAAGGCUUUAGACUGUGGUCCUGAGAGCAACAAGAAGUAUGCUGAAAUUGUGGCUCGAGCAAAACUAAUUGUUUGGAAUGGACCUUUAGGAGUAUUUGAAUGGGAUGCCUUUGCUAAGGGAACCAAAGCCCUCAUGGAUGAAGUUGUGAAAGCCACUUCCAAGGGCUGCAUCACCAUUAUAGGGGGUGGAGACACUGCUACUUGUUGUGCCAAAUGGAAUACUGAAGAUAAAGUCAGCCAUGUGAGCACUGGAGGUGGUGCCAGUCUAGAGCUUUUGGAAGGCAAAAUCCUUCCUGGAGUAGAUGCCCUGAGCAACUUGUAGUUGAAAGAGUAUUACAUCUUCCUGUUUCCUGUCCACAGCCUUUAAGUCAACUUAAUACUUGUACAUGUCAACUUGACUUUUGUUAAAAUCUACCCCUAGAUCAAGACCCUGGUAAAGAACAAGCAGUGGGCCAUCAGGAAUGCUUAACAUCAGCACAGCAAAUCAGUUCAUUUUAGUUUGGCCAUGGAUUUGCCAAUUCUUUUCAAGAUCUCAUUUGAACUUCAUUGUGCCUUGUAGGGAGGAUAUAUUCUUACGCUGCCUAUUAAAAAAAGUGAGUGGAAUAAGCUGAA